AUGGAAUCGAGGCUUGUGGGCCGCCGAUGCAACGACGUCCACAAGGGACAUCGCGUGUGCGUGAAGAGGGAGGUGACAAGGAGAUGGCGGUGGAUCGACGGAGAAAGGGGCGAUGAGAGGGGGUUGACAUCGACGAUGGGAGGUGGCAGUGAGAGGAGGAUGCGCUACACCGGCGAUGGAGCUUGGGCAGCAGCCGGUGACGAUGAUGGAUCGGGCGAGAUUGCACCGAACGGGAGAGGGGAAAGGGAUUGGGUGAGAAUGAGCGGAAAAUCUAAGGGGUUGGAGUACUCAAAGAAUUCAAUAACAUCUUUAAAGUUAUCGACAAACUCUAAUCAAGUCGAUCAACCUAAGGCGAAUUUGCCGAUCGUCAUAGUCAUAGGAGUGGUGGCAGUGGUUGGGCUAGUUGCUGUGUUCUUGAUCUUUGUGUGCGCUUGUUGCUGUGCCAAGAAGAAGAAGAGGCCUCACGAUACAAUGAAAUACUAUUCCGAUCCUUCAUUCAAAGGUGAUGUUAUCAAAUUCUCAUCGCCAAUUCUUAUCUUAAUUUUAUUUGUCCUCAAACAAAUUCAUGUGCGAUCUGUAGACAGUGGCUUUUACAGUGCGCCACCUCCAAAGUGGCACCAUGGAGACCAUGCAGUUAAAGUCGGGCCAGUACUGCAGGGGCUGCCCUGUAGCAUGACGAAGCACGAUGAUAUGAGUGUAGGAUUUACAGAAACCCACUGCCCAAAACCCUUGCCGCCUCCCUCCCCCAUCGUCGCCCUUGCGGCGUUCAACAGUAGCACGUUCACGUACGAGGAGCUCGUAGCGGCCACAAGUGGCUUCUCCCCUUCCAAUCUGCUUGGGCAAGGAGGGUUUGGGUACGUCUAUAAAGGAGUGCUGCCCAACGGGAAGGAGAUUGCGGUGAAGCAGCUCAAGUCAGGGAGCGGACAAGGGGAGAGGGAGUUCCAUGCCGAGGUCGACAUCAUUGGUCGGGUUCACCAUCGCCACCUCGUGUCUCUAAUUGGCUACUGCAUCUCUGGUGCACAGAGGAUGUUGGUCUAUGAAUUUGUUCCUAACAAGACCCUUGAAUACCACCUCCAUGGGAAGGGACUCCCAGUGAUGGAUUGGUCGAGGAGACUGAAAAUUGCGUUAGGAUCAGCUAGAGGCCUUGCCUACUUGCAUGAAGACUGUCAUCCUAAAAUAAUUCACCGGGAUAUCAAGUCUGCAAACAUUCUUCUGGACCUCAAAUUUGAAGCAAUGGUGGCAGAUUUUGGUUUGGCUAAGCUUUCAUUAGACAAUCACACUCAUGUUUCGACCAGAGUGAUGGGAACCUUUGGGUAUUUAGCUCCUGAAUAUGCAUCGAGCGGAAAGCUAACAGAGAAAUCUGAUGUCUUCUCGUAUGGAGUAAUGCUACUUGAGAUAAUAACAGGAAGAAGACCUGCCGACACUCAUUCAUUCAUGGAAGAUAGCUUUGUAGAUUGGGCGAGGCCAACUUUGUCGCGAGCUUUGGCUGAUGGAGAUUAUUAUGAACUAGCCGAUCCACGCUUAAAUGGAAAAUAUGAUCUCGUGGAAAUGGCACGCAUGGUGGGAUGUGCUGCUGCUAGCAUUCGUCAUUCGGCCAAGAAACGACCCAAAAUGAGUCAGAUUGUUAGAGCACUAGAAGGUGCUGUACCACUUGAAGACUUGAAUGAGGGAGUGAGGCCGGGCGAAAGUAUGCUCUUUAGCUCAGGCUCAGACUAUGAAACUAGCUCAUACAACUCGAGCAUGAAUCGCAUUAGGAAAGUUGUACUAACUCCUGAGUACACUGAUGAAUUCAAUGAGCCAAUUUCAAAGUAUGAACCCACUCUUCCUUCUCCAUCAAACAGCGAUGGGUUCUUUGACGAUGAGUUGGAUCAUAUUGGAAACCAAAGGCAUGGACCUCAUUCACCGUUAUGAGGAUGCAUUUUUGGAAUAUAAUUGAGUUCAGGUUCUCUCUUGAGGAUAAUGUUUCCUCAUAUCCAAUCUUUGAGCAAGGCAAGUACAUGUCAUCGCUCGAUCUCCAAGUUGAUCCCUUGCAGUAAUCUUUACCCGCAAAACACAAAAACAAAGGGAUUGGUGACUAAAGAUGUAUUCUUCAAUUGUUUUGCCUAGCGCUACACUAAGAGUAACUAUUUGCCUCGUGCUGGAUUAUUCAAAUGUGGACAUCAAAAUGUAGGAUGCAUUGU